GCCCCACAUGGUGAUACUGAAGACCGAGUCUGGGGACCGUCUAGGCGGACUAUUGGGUGACGUACUAGACGCCCUGUCGCUGUCCCUGCGCUUCAACUACAGCCUUCAGCUGGCAGCUGACCGGGCGCUGGGGAAUCUGCUUCCCAACGGCACAGCCACGGGACUCAUCGGCCGCCUACAGCGAGAUGAGGCCGACGUGGCCAUGGGAAUGAUGGUUCCGUCGAACGAGCGCAACCGGGCGGCGCGGUACACGGCCGCCGUAUACUCGGACGAAAUCACCAUCCUGGCGGCCGUGCCGACGGACAGCGGGGCAGCGGGAUCCUUUGGAUUCCUCCGGGCAUUCGACAUGUCCGUGUGGCUGUGCCUGAUGGCGUCCCUGAUCGUGUGCUGCAUCUUCGUGGCCGCAGCCGACAACGAGCGGCGAGCUCAAGGCUUCCUACGGCGCUGGACGCACCAUUUCUUGUGCCUCCUGGGCAACCUCCUGCAGCAAGGGGGCUCUGGAGGCGAGGAUGUGCGCGGCCAGCGAUACGUGGCGGUGCGGUCGCUGCGCGUGGUGUGGUGGCUGUCGGCGUUGGUGCUGGCAUACGCGAUGGCGGGCCAGAUGAAGGCCUGUCUCUCCGUCCGCUCCGAGGCGUCGCGCAUCGAGAGCCUCGAUGACUUGGCUCACAGGCCUCACGUGCGGCCCUUGCUCUUCACGAACAGUAUUCUGGUGGCCAUGCUCAGCAGCUCAGAUCGUGCCGUGUGGCGCAGCGUGUGGCGCAUGGUCGAGCGCCACGCGGGCCAGGUGCCCAUCGACGAGCUCUACCGACCCGCCCACCUGGCACAGGUGGCCCGCGGGAAAGCCGUGGUGCUGUCGGACCGCACCAGCUUCCGCUACGUGGUGGGCCGCAGCUGCGCGCGUUACCCGCAGGCGCAGUUCUACGUGGCCCGCGAGCCCAUCAACACGCUCUCCUUCGGACUGUACGUCAACGCGCGGCUCGACCCACCUUUCCGCCGCGCCCUGGACCAGAGGCUUGGCUGGCUUCGCGAGUCCGGCCUGAUGGGCCUGUGGACAGAGCGCAUGCUUCCGGACUGGGGACGCUGCGCGCAGCGACAGAAGGGCUUCCAGCCGUUGGGCCUGAAAGACAUGAACGCCACCUUCGUGUCUGCGGCACUGUUGGGUUCCGUGAUUCCGUUCCUGGCGCUGGUGGCUGAAAUGUGCAUCAGUCACCGGCGGCAGCCGUCGACACUUCGGCGAACGAGACGUGGUCGCUUGUGGAAGUAG